ACUGUACUGCCCUCAGGCAAAAACAAGAGGCAUCGCAACAUCAGAGUAGAGGCCGCACCCAUGGAUCGCCAGAAUUCGCAAACGUUCAAUCCAGAGCACCUGUUGCUCGUUGAUUCCAUGCGCGAACAUCUAGCUGAUGUGUUGAAACCAUGCCACACAAACGAGUACCUUUUUAGGUUUUUGAAGGCGCAAGACUACAACGUGAAUCGUGCGGUAGAGGCCUUUGUGUCGACCAUGAAUUGGAGAAAAAAAAACCAAAUAGAUUCCAUCGUGGAAACAGCCCAAGAGGACCCGUAUUUGAGGGUGUUGCGGAACUUUUGGCCAGGACGCUUCCUGGAAGGAGCAAGCGUUGAUCAAAUUGUGUACUAUGAAGACGUGGGCGUUCUAGACAUAAAGCAUAUCUUGAGCGUGAUUCCACACAAGUAUAUUAUCAAGUAUCAUAUGUAUAUGAUGGAGCUACAAGAGAUAGAACGAAGAAGGAUGCACCAGGAGCAAGGGUGUCCGAUAUCCAUGAUCAUUAUAUACGACAUGAGGAACGUAGGGACGAAACACAUUCAAGUAGCAGGAUUCGAAAUUUUAAGAGAGUUGGCAAAAAUCGACGAGGAACAUUAUCCGGAAUUUCUGGACAAAAUUUAUCUGGUGAACACGUCUGGAAUUUUGUCGGCAGUUUUGAAAAUGGCUCGCUUGUUCGUUCCGGAAAAGUUCGUGUCGAAAAUACAGAUAGGAACUGGUAAUUUGCUGAGCAUGCUAUCUAUUUCUUCCUUACCGUCCACGAUAGGCGGAACGUCAACUGUCAACUUUUCCUUCUGCGGAAGCCUAAAUUACUACGACAUCUUUCCUGACGCCGAGCGAGUGACCAUCGGCAACAAGUCGCAUCACACGGUGUGCCAGUCCGUCGAUACGCCCGGAAGCAUCUUGGACAUCAAUUUCGUGUCUGAAUGUAACGACAUCGGUCUGACAGUGAGUCGCCAGAAGGCGGAAGAGGGGUCCCAAGGCGAGGACGAGAAAAUCAUUUUUCCGCUGAAGCGAUUCAACAGUCACGUUAACGCGGUUUCUCUACAGGUUCGCGCGUCCAAGGCCGGAAAAUACGCGGUUCGCUUCGAUAACACCUAUUCGACUUGGACAUCGAAGUGCGUCACAUACAAGAUCAACGUCUUGCAUCCGAAUACAGCGGUAGGUUCAGACGCCAUCACGGAUAGCACGUAGAGUCUGUCGAGCUGAUGAGGCAAUACAGAGGUCAUUCUGCAAGUGUUCUUGCACGUUUCCCUUGAACAGCAGGCACGGAUAGCGUAGGGCUUGUGUGGUUUUUUUUGCUGCGGCCUGUCUUUUUUUUGAGGGAGAGACAAAGAGGCGCUCAAGACGGACUCGAUUUUUUUUUUUUUUUUUUCAGAGCGAGUACAGCAGGGCUGUUGGAGGUUGAGGACGGCUGCGUCGGCGCGCCGGCCUUUGACGUUCGGUCGGAGCGCCUCUUUUGGGUCGCGUUGUUUUUGCGCCGUUUUGAGUCCUCGAAAAGAGCGCGCGUUUCGAGGGGUUCGAGUAGGUUAGAGGGGGCGGGGUUUGUCUCGGUUGUCUUUGGCGGUGACUGGGGGCGGCGGGGGGUGCGAAUUGCGGUGAAGGGGGGUUUCAACGGCGCGGGGGGACUUUUCACCCUAGUGGGUGGCCCAGCGCGAUCAAAUUCAGCAUGUGUUUGACGUUGUAUCUGAGAAACACGCUCUGAAUUUUGCUUCUGAGGUGCGAGAACAGGUGCCAGAAUUUUGUGUGCGUGUACUUCAGCUCGUAGUAGAAGAUGUCUUCGUCUUUUUGGAGGUCGUACCUGAUUUGGAGUUUGGUUGGGCGGCAGGAGUGGGGCCGUUGGGAGCGCUCCUUGGUGACCACGGCCGAGUCCAGGGGUCUUAGGUAGACGCCGCUGAGGAGGGAAUUCUUGCUGGAGAGGCAGAGGGCCAGUUGGUAGUAGGGGAAGUGGUUCAGAGUCGUGAUGACGACGAGGGAUACGAUUCGCAGGAGAAGAACUAGAAGGAUGACGUAGACGAACAGCAAGUAGAAGAUGAGACAGGUGGAGAUUAGGUAGAAGGUGGUGAUGAAUAGGAAUAUCCCGAGGAUGAGUUGGUCGAGGCUGUAGUCGCACAGGUUGAUUCGGUCUCGAAGGACGUUUCUUUUUUUGCCUCUGAAUAGCAGCCAGAGAGAGCGCAGCAUGAUGAGUUGCAAUCUGUAUAUUUUGGUGGUUCCUUUGUACAUCCAGUGAACUUGCAUGUUUAGAAAGUAGAGGCUGUCGUAGGUCAUGGCGAUGAGGGUGGAGAGUCCGCAAGCUCCGGAGUACGAUAUCAGCAGGAAGACGUAGGGUAUGAGGUUCGAGACGGCGCAAGCGGUGACAAGCCAUCGGUCGAUAUAGAAGAAGAUUAGGGAGCCGAAGGAAGACGCGACAUAGACAUUGAGUUUGAUUCCGCCCGGACUGCCGGCGGUGAUCCACUGCACUUUGCGCUUGAGCCACUCGUGGACCCACGUGAUAAGAGUCUUCGAUAUGGCGCUCAUGAAGUCGAGGUCGCCGGCUAUGAUGUAGUUGAAGAUCAGAAAGUUGACGACGAGGCCCAAGAUCCAAUCGAUGAAGAUGGCGAGGAUGGCGUCGUACACCCUGAUCCAGUGGUAUUGGGUGGAAAUGUCGUUUUUCCAGUAGGAUUCAAGGCGGUCGAGCUCUGUCCACUGUUGGCGUAUGUAGAACCAGAGAUCGAUGCGACUUGUGAUGCACGGGCCCAGCACGCCGACGUUGGCCAGCUUGCCGACUAGCGGGAGCUGGCAGUCCAACACGUAUUGGACGAUCCGCAUGAGCCAGAAGAAGAAGCUGAUGAACAGGACGUGCGUUCUGGCAAGGUACCACAAGGCGGAUCGACGGCGCGACGCCAUCAAGUGCAGCGCCUUGUCGGCCAUUUUUUCGCUGGGUUCUUGAGACAGGGGGGAAUCCGGCCCGAGGAGCCACUCGAC